AUGGGCUUCAGGCUGCGAGAUUUCUUCAGCGGUGAACAUGAUCGUCAUCAAAUCCCACAUCCUUCGACAGUUGGUGAACGGUGGCCUCAAAUUUGGAGCAAUCUCCAAUGUUUGACUCUACCAGGGAAUCCUAAAAUGAAUUUCGAAAGCUCUUGCCAAUGUUCAACAGAAGCAUUGAAGAUUCGGUCGGAGCUUCAAAAUGUGCAUGCCGUUGUCAAUGUUGAAACCAUCCUGAACGUGAUCCAUCGAGUCUGCACUCAGGGGAGCAACAUGGUUCUUUGUAAAGUUUGCGUCAAGAACCCGCAAUCUUCUAUUGUGGCUCUACCAGCUCUGUCAGAAAAAUGUUUACCACUCCUCGAGGCGCUGUGUUCUGCGUACGAUAUCUCCACUCAACCCGGGUUCUUCGACUCGGCUAUGCUAGCCUUUGAGCAGCCACCAUCACCGUUCAUCUGCAUUCGCAGUAAAGUCAUGAUGGGGAAGACGGAGCUUGACGAGGGCGAGUCUCGACUACUGGUCCGAACAGUGCUGGGACGAAGUGUGGUGAGGCUCGUGCACCUGAUGGAGGGAUUGAAGGGAAUCUUCUUGGUCAUGUCUAAAAGCUGCCACGUGUCUCACAACGGUACCUCCACUUUGCGCGCAUGUGAAUUGUCUGUAGAGACUACUAUCAGCCGGUUGGCGGUACUGAUGCAAAUACUCGAGGGCGAUGGUGAUCAUAUACCGAUUUAA